AUGCCCCCAACCCAACAUCCCCCCACCUCACGCCGCCUGCUCAUCUUCCAGGAGACGCGCAACCCGCAAAACACAGCCGAGAUAGUCUAUCUGCCCGUCAACAAACUGGGGCUGCCCAUUUGCGGCGAUGGACCCGAACUGCCCUCGAUUCUGGAACUGCCGUUGCGCAUUUUGAGGGUUUUCACGGACAUUUUUAAUCAGCCGAAGUAUAAGGGGUGGGCUGUUCUUUCUGCUGGGCCGUAUCAUGAUACCUCGGAAGAAGGGAAGUUUUAUGCAGUUGUCUUGGAGCAGAUGCAGCUGGUUCCUGGGCAGAGCGGGCAGGUUGAUAAUAUGAUUCAGAGUACGCCUUGA